AGCCACAGACGCUCUACCUACAGUGAGCUGGGACCGCAUUCUGAAAUUCAUAUGCGCCGCACCUCCACUACUUUCAAAAGCCAUUAUUUGAAGUACGAGUUUUUUAAGUGUUUUUUUACGGUUCUAGUGACAGAUCAACAAAAUUUGUACAUUAUGAAAAGAAAGAAAACAGUCUUGAGAACCCUGCUUAUCGUAUCUGUGGCCUUUGAAAACAGUCGCAGAGAGAGAGAGAGAGAGAGAGAGCAAAGCAUUUCUGAUUACGGGAAAUGAUGUUUCCAUAUCAUUGCAGCUUCUUAACUAAACACAAGACAGAACCAGAGAAGUGUGCAAAAAUGGCCUCAAAGAAAGCCUCGGAAACAAGUAAACGAGAGGUGAGCGUGUCCGGGAUGUCGUUCCUGCGUGGCUCGGCCAACUAUGUGUGGUGCACAACCUCGGUGCUUGGGAAGGGAGCCACCGGGGCAGUGUUCCAAGGCGUUAACAGACACACUGGUGAGCCUGUGGCGGUGAAGACUUUCAACCAGCUGUCCCACAUGCGGCCUCAUGAGGUGCAGAUGAGGGAGUUUGAGGUGCUGAAGAAGGUCAACCAUGAAAGUAUAGUCAAGCUGCUGGCCAUUGAGGAGGAGCAAGAGGGGCGAGGCAAGGUGAUCGUGAUGGAGCUGUGCACGGGAGGCUCGCUCUUCAACAUCCUGGAUGACCCCGAAAACAGCCACGGCCUGGAGGAGGGAGAGUUUUUGUUGGUGCUGUCACAUCUUGCUGCUGGCAUGAAGCACCUACGAGACAACAACCUAGUGCACCGUGAUCUCAAGCCGGGAAACAUCAUGAAGUUCAUAGACAUCGAUGGCUCCACCAUCUACAAACUGACAGACUUUGGGGCGGCACGGGAGCUUCAGGACGACCAGCAGUUCAUGUCUCUCUAUGGCACAGAAGAAUACCUGCACCCAGACAUGUAUGAGCGAGCCGUCCUCAGAAAGCCUGUUGGAAAGACCUUCGGUGCCCGGGUAGACUUGUGGUCUAUAGGUGUGACACUGUAUCACGUAGCAACUGGAAUGCUACCCUUCCGGCCAUAUGGCGGCAGACGCAACAAGGAGACCAUGUACCACAUCACCACAGAGAAGGCACCGGGAGUCAUUUCUGGGGUCCAAACCUCAGAAAAUGGUCCCAUUGAGUGGUGCACCACCCUGCCAGAAACCUGCCAGCUUAGCCUUGGGUUGAGGAAGUUGGUGACACCCCUACUGGCGGGGUUGCUGGAGGUUGACCCGCAAAGGAUGUGGAACUUUGAGAGGUUCUUCCAAGAGGUGACUAUGAUUCUGAGCAGGAAGGUAGCACAUGUGUUCCUGGUGAACAAAGUGCAGCCACUUACCAUCUACAUGGACCCAGAACAUAGGUAUGAGGAGCUUCAGUACUUGAUAUGUGAACAAACAGACAUGAACCCAGUGAACCAGCUUCUGCUUUAUGACAAGAAGCACUUCACUUCAGUAGUAGCCAUGGAUCAGCCUGCCUCCUCAUACCCGUCCACCACACCUCGCACUCCUCUGGUUCUCUUCUCUAAGCAGGACGAUGACGUCACACUCACCUUGCCUGAAACACCUGCGGUAAAGUUUGGCAGCUUCCCGGCACUGGUGAGUGUGGAACACGAUGCCACGGUGGGGAAGUCCAUGUGUGCCGUGGGUCAUGCAGUCAAGCGCAAGAUUGACUACUUCUCAAAGUGUGUCCAUCUUAUUGAAUACAGUGUUCUCAUGUUCAUUGAAGUCAUUGUCCAGGAGCUGACAAACCUGAGGUCACAGCUGAACCACGUGCAGGCGCUCACCUCCACUGUGAGUGACCGCUUCAGUCAGCUUGUUGCAAACCACCGCAGGUUCCUCAUGCUGACCCAGAUGUGCGGAGGAAACCAGGAUGUGUCAACACAGGCACUGAGGGAGCGAAUGGAAGACUUGGUGAACAAUAAAGUUGAUACCGAGAAAUCAAACCACUCGCCUUGGUCGGGGAGGCUGGAGGAGCUGGUGCAGGGUGCAGGGGCGCAGGACAGGGUGGUGAGAGACUCUCUGAAUGCCAUAGUUCCCGUGGUGAACCAGCUGUUUGAGAGAGUGGUGACAGGAGCACAGUUGCGGCGACAGUGGCAGCAGGUCAGGAGUGAUGCAGCUUCUGUGGAGCGAGCACCAAACAAGGCAGCCACUCUAGUCAAUAAACUACGAGAGUCUUGGCAGCACCUACUCAGAGACAGAGCUGCAAGAACACUGACUUUCAAUGAUGAGCAGUUCCACUUGUUGGAGAAAAUGAAAAUUAAGGAAACAGCUAAAAGCUUGGAGACGCUGCUGGCCUCAGUCACCGCCACACUGCACUGCACCACUGACCACUUGGCGGACUGGUGCAAAGUGGCAAAGGUCCAGCGAGUGCAGACUGAGAUAGAACAGGCAGAUCUAGAGAAGCAUGAGGCACUGUUGUACUCCUUCCAGGCCACACUUGGGGACACUGAGGAGAGCUAUCACCUCACCCUCUCAGAGCUUCUAGCUACCAUCAAGGACAGAAAGCUGCAGGAUGAUGCCAGACUUCAAAUUGAGAGUGAUGAGGGCAGUGACAGCCGGACCUCUGCUAGGACAAUAGACUCCAAGGACAGUAAAAAGUCAAGGAAAGACAGCAUCAACAGGACCAGAGUUAGACUUUCGUUGCAGGAGAUGUGUGAGGCUCAGGAGGAGGUGAUGAGGUUGCUUCAGGAGAAUGGAACUAUAAUCAAGAGGUUUCAACGCCUCACAGCCCUAACCCAGUCCGGCUCUGAUGAAGGGUAGCACCAUAACUGAAUUUGCAGCUCAGACACACCACACUCACAUGCAUAUUGAGACAUAUAAUUUGUAAUUUUAUAUGAAUGGAAAUAAGCUUUCAGUAGAGAUAAUAAGUGACCAUGUGAUGCACAGACUUCCUACUGUCAGCCAAAACUACUCAUUCAUUGCUUCCAACUGGAACCUAACUUACUUUUGUGACCUCACUGCUUAUUGGACAGUUGCUCAGUCAGACUGGUUACUGUAGAGUGUAGACAUUUUUGCCUCUCCAUACCAUUUGACUUCUCUUCCCCUAAAGGUUCACUAGUAACAAUCAUGCAAGUCAAGAUGAUGUGGAUGGAGUUUUAGAAUAUUUUACUGCUGUUUUGCUUUAUGCUGUUUUUUCAUGAAAUGAUAGUGUAGACAGAAAUAAUGGUAUAUGAUAAGAGGAAUUCCUGAGCCCAAUGUAGAUAAGGAGGAAAGAAAGGGAAGGCAGUAGUAACCAACUGAUCUCAAGCUGUAUACCCGAGACAACAGGGACUGUGUGUGUCCCCCCUCAAUGCCAAACACUGUCUUUCCCCCUCAGCAAGGGAUAAGUAGUAGUUAGUUGCUUAUCAACUCAUUUGCUCCUUACCUAAAAUCUUUUAAUAGGCGUCAUAUUCGAGAAAUUUUUUUAAUUUACAUUAUCAUGACAUUUAAAAAAAAAGGCAUUAUAGAACAAAAAGCAGUAUGAAUAUUUUGUUGAACUGGGGGCAUAAAACUCCACAUCUACAAGAUUAUCUAUUUAAUUCUAGCAAAUUUAUAAUUUAUCAAUAUUCUCUGAGGACUAAGAAAUCAAGGAAGCAUUGCCCAAAAUAAGGAAGAUAUAGGGAAAGACUGUCUGAGCUGAGCUCAGUCCAACUAAUAAGAGGCUACAAAAGUGGUUAUAGUCUCUAGUUGCUUCCUGUGAAUAAAUUGGCUAAAUUA